GCAGUAGAAAUAUUUUGAUCAGUGCUUUAAAAAUUGUAUUAUUCAAUGAAUUAUAUAACAAUCGGAUUACGUCGUCUUUUUCCGUAAUCGAACAACUUUAAUAAUUUGGGUUUUCAAUUUAGUUCACCCUUUUUAUAUCCGGUACGGGGUUUGCACAUUAUUGCAUGCAAAAUUGACUGCAAGUGCAAUGCAUACGUAUUUACGUAUAAUGGAGGGAAAUUGACCAAAAUGUACUCUUUCAAGAUUAUAGGUGCGUUGAAAAUCACAGACCUUACAUUGUUUUAACAAUGUUUUGACACAACAACUAUCAAAGGAAAGUGUAAGCGAUCCGAAAAUUUUCCAAAGGUUGGACUUCAACUUGGAGGGAUUGCAAUUAAGGUAAUGGAGUCCAAAGUGAAACAGAGAUCAAAAGAGUGGUUUGACCUACGUAAAUCAGUGUACCUUACAUCAUCCAAGUUUGGAGAUGCCCUUGGAGUUGGAAUGGGCAAACCUUAUGAUUUCUUCCUCUCCUGUAUGUCAGAUGACACUGAUGAGGAUGAUGAAGAAGUUACUGAAUCCACUUAUACACAACAUGGAAUUACCAUGGAAGAAAUCAUUUUAGAGUGUUACCAGCUUUUGACCGGACACAAGACUAGGGAGUCAGGGUUUUGGGUGUCCAAGGACAGGAUUCUUCAAGAUCUGAUUGGGACUUCUCCUGAUGCUGUUGUUGUUGAUGACCAAAACAGAGACAUUGGAUUGUGUGAAUUUAAGGCUCCCAUCUACAGAAUGUACAAACCAGAAAAUACAGUACAUGGUAUACCUAGACAUUACAUGGCCCAGAUGCAGGGACAGCUAGCAGUCACAGGACUCCCAUGGUGCAAUUUUUUAGCUGUGUGUAAAAACACAAAAGAAAUAAUGCUUAGAAAAGUGUAUUUUCAGCCAGAAUACUGGAGCAAUGUAGUGAAGAUUCUCAAGCAGUUUUGUUAUGCUCUUCAGGAUGCCAAAUUGAGGAAAGAGUUGAAUUACGAUCCCUUGGACUUUGAAGGAGCAAGGAAACUGGAAACAUGGCCAGUACAAAUUGAUUACCUACCUGGUGAACUGUCAAUCAAAGUUGAAAACCUCCUCCAAAUUGACCGACGUGGACGCUUUAGUGGGCCGUCCAAUGUUCGGCUAUCGUUUGAUUUCCUGAUUGGGCAGUCUUAUUCUUUACCUCCAAAUUUACAGGAAUAUGCCAAGAGAAUGAUAAAUGAUGUGGAUGAACAGUUAAGUUGUAAGAGAAAAAGGAUUGAUGAACAUAAUGGAGAGCAUACACGUUUAUGAUAUUUAGGAAUUGUGAAUCAUUCAUGACAUCUGUUUAAAGUUCUUCAAGAGGAAUAAAAAAUUGUCUUCAUGGCUGAUUCCUUUCAUUUAGCAAAACAUGAAAAGAAUAUCAACAAUUCAUUCCUUGUACUUAUAGAUUAUAUGACCUAGUAUCAGGAUGGGCUAGUGGUUUGAUAUGUCAAAUGCCAAUCUGUAUAAUAAUAUCAUGGGCUAGAGUCUAGCAAGGUUUUAAUUUUUUUUUAAACUGCAUUUUUUCACUGAAUAAGGUCGAUAAUGAAAUUUUUCAAUUUCAAAAUAUUAUUGUACAUAUCCUCCACUUUCCAUCCAUAUUAGUUUUCUCUGAUGUGCGGUUCAUUCUUAGUUUUUUUAGGACUUAUUUGUGGAAUUAACCAUGUUCAUUGUUCAAUAUUUGUAUUUUCAAUAUUUUUAUUUUCAAUAUCUUUACCAGUUGAAAUGAAUGCCAUUUUGUCAUGAGUGUGAAUGCUAUGCGUAUGAAUCUUGAUAAAUAUAGCACGACUUUUAACAGCAGGGAAUAUUCCGACAGAAAUGAAAGUAAAGUGAAUUUCAGUUUUGAAAGUACAUGUACAUGAAGGUAUGAACAUCAACUUUUAUUGCAAACAUACUUUUCAUGAAGCUCCAAUGCACUUCAUGAAGUAUAAUGGUGUAAAGUGUUGCAAUAUUUUCAAAAAUGCAAUUCAUUUCUUAAUUAAUUUAGUUUAUUCAAAAUGACAUUUGUAAAUAUUUUCAAGUUUGCAAGUGCUAAGAAGUGUUGAAGUGAAAUAUCUGUAUACAAGAUUUCUUUGUUCCAAUGUCCUUAAAUAAAACUACAUUUAACUUC